ACACCGUGCUCGUCAUGGUGUGCCUCUUCUACGGCAUCAUCCUGUUCAUGUACGGCAAGGAGGGGCUCGAUGACACGGCCCCGGCCUACGCCAUCAUGGCCUUCUGCAACGGCUCGGGCGCCUACGCCAUGGCCCGCAUGUGCCACCUGACCAGCCGAGAGGCGGGGCGAACGCACAGGCUGGUCCACGCUGUCCUCAACAACCAGUACCUGACCACCGUCGAGGAGCGGCGGCUCAGAGACUUCUCUUUUCAACUCGUGCACUCCGACGCGGCCGUCAGACCCUUCGGGAUGUUCUGCGUCAACUACGGCCUGCUGAGCUCGGCACGUUGCGGCUACGUCGCGAUAGGUGCCACAAAAAAAAUUAUUUACAGCAAAGUGAAUUGUUUUGUUCUCGUUGGCUUCCAGAUGGUCAUGUCGGUGUUCACCUAUUUGGUCAUUCUCGGCCAGUUCGACCUCAUCUCGCUCGCGGUGGCUAACGACCAUCGAAAUGUCACCGGGACCUCGACGGCGAUGCCCGACGACGCCGCCCUUGCCCCCUUCUGACUGUCGCUGGA